AUGAUGCAGACAGUUGAUCCAAACAAAGAAUGGGCCAACUCUUCAACGAUUUUACCCGAUAAUCUAGAAGAUGACCUCGAUAAAUACGUUAGGGAAUGCGCUCAUGACACGAAUGUGAAUCGUCGAUAUCAUUGUGUGCUGAAGAAGAGAAAGCUGGCGGAGAUGAAACAAGGUCUCACCUAUGCGUUGGGUAUUCGUUCUGGUCCACGAAGAAAUAUCUCGAUCUCACAGGCGCAUCUCAAGCAGCUACUUUUGAGAGAAGGAUUCACAGAAGAUGGACAAUAUGUUGAUGGCCAUGUCCAUCAAGGAGAUGCUUUCAUCCUUCCGGUUCAACAAAAUCCUUACUUUUUUCCCGAAAACGAGUUUCGCACCUAUGUUGACAUCAGAAAUCCUCAUGGAAACAAGAUCAAGGAAGCUGUGCUCAACUUCUACGUCAGCGGUAUCACACCAAAGCAUGGCGUCGCCAAAUACCAAGUCAACCUCUACCGAUUUAUUGACGACGAGGAAAUUGAUCUUGAACCCUUCGAAAGCUACAAAAGAGUGAAAGAGACUUGGAAGUCCGAUUUCUGGGAUACGAUCGAGAUCACCGACUUGGUGAAGGAUUGGGAUCGGGAACCAUCAAAGAACUAUGGGAUGAUGAUCAAGAUUGAGACGAACGGUGUGCCAAAGCAAGAAGAGAUUGACCCGAUCGAGAGGGAAUCCGAGGAAAUGGCUAUGUACUUGCAAGUGCGAACUUUCCCACUCGCGGCAAGACCCCGUCGACUUGUUGGAGGAAAUGCGAACUGCACCGAUACAAUGAACCCGGAUGAAGCUGGAUGCUGCCUGUACGAUUUCGCGGUUGAUUUCAAUAGCUUCGGCUGGUAUUGGGUGCUUGCUCCGAAAGCCUACAACGCUUAUUAUUGCACGGGAAUGUGCAAAACUGGACCGGGGCACGGAUCCACUCACUAUGACAUGUUCGUCGACUUUCUCAAGCAAAGAAAACGUUGCUGUACACCGCACCAUUUGCAGUCGAUGAAAGUGAUCUAUUUGGAUAAUUCAGACACCAUCCAAAUUCGGGACAUCGAGCAGAUGGCCGUCUCCAAUUGUAUGUGCGUU